CACUCGCUGCGAUCUUGCUGCUCCCUCUCAGCCCAGUAACAGCGCUCCCUCUUCGCCCUGCCGAUGACCACAGUGGGGUAAUACCAGCAUCCCGAGCCCAAACCCCCCGCUCUGACUCGAUGCCCCACCAGUCAACGUGAAAGUUCCAGGUGUGUGGAGUUGCUGACAUAUCUCCACCGUGGGUUCCCGUAGAACCACCACAGUCACCACCUUCAUCUCACCCAUGUUCCCCUGGACUCCAGACUGACGCAGACUCUGACGUACGAAUCGGUGUGUGAUUUGCUGGUCUCGGAGUGUUGGUCGGAAGAUCGGAGGUAAAAUGGCGGAGGUGCUGCAGAUGAAGACCAACUUCUCCGGUAGUGCCGAGCUCGCCGCUGGCACGGAGGCCAAGGGAGGCGACCCCAACCAGCCGUACUCGGUGGAGACGCCGUACGGCUUCCACCUAGACUUGGACUUUGUGAAGUACGUGGACGACAUCGAGAAGGGCAACACCAUCAAGAAGGUCCACAUCCACCGGCGGCCACGGGGCUGCAGCUACACCGGCUCGUGGUGGACCUCCACCGAGUCCCUCUGCUCCAACGUCAGCGGCGACAGUCGGCACUCCUCCUACUCCUCCUGCGGCCGCGGCAACUACACGCCCGGCUGCGGCUACGGCUAUGGCUACGGCCGCGGCCCGCCAGUGCCGCCCACCGCCUACAGUUCCCGCGUGGAGAAGACCCUGCUGGAGACGCGCAGGCGGCUGGAAGAGGAGCCACUGGCGGGCGGUGACGGGAGGAGACCACGUUACUCCAGCCUCAGCAGCCUACACGGAUCCACCAGCUCCCUGUCCGGCGUUGGUCAAUCCUGGUCCAGGUUGUCCAACGCCCCCCACAACGGCUCCCAGAGCUCCGCCCAGGGCCAGUUCACCCCCCUGAGCUCCGGGCUGGCCACCCCCUCCACCCCCAGCUCCGGACACCUCCACAACAUCCGUGAGCAGAUGGCAGCCGCCCUGCGCCGUCUACGUGAGUUGGAGGAUCAGGUGAAGAUGGUGCCUGUCCUGCAGGUGAAGAUCUCUGUGCUGCAGGAGGAGAAGAGGCAGCUGAGUGUCCAGCUGAAGAGCCAGAAGUUCCUGGGGCACAUGGAUGGUUGGGGGGCGCAGAGAGCCAGCAAGCCCAGAGGGGAGCUGUUCAUCGACAUGCCCGAGGAGGAGGAGGACCAUCGGCUGGGACAAUCAGAGGGAGGGUCUCUCCUCUCCCCGGCCCUGAGGAAGCUGACCCAGGGGGGUCCGGCCAACAGGACACCCCCCACCCUCAGGAGCGUUGGCAUCUGGGUGAGGGAGACGGACCUGGGCAUCACCCCGUCCAGCCUGCAGAGAGAGGCGGACCACCACCGCCACCUCUCGCAGCUCCUGGCCAGGAAGAUCUCUGGGCUGGAGCGGAGGCUGCGGGAGGCCGGGCUGGAGCUGGAGGCCGCACAGUGUCCGGGGAGGAAGGAGACGGCGGACAAGGGGGGCCCCUGCCCUGCCCAGUCACCCGAGGGUGGCACGGCCGGGCAGGAAGGGAGGGUGGGGGAGCCACCGUUGCCACCACCCCGGGGUGACUCCACCCCCCGGCCCCGACCCGCCACCGUGACGGGGCCCCCGUACGGCGGAGACGCUGGGACCACCCCGGAGGAGGGGCCCUUCAAGGAGGUGCCGGCCAAGCUGGUGAGCUGCACCAUCGUGACCACUCUGGCCUCCACCUGCGAGGAGCUGCCCUCCCUGAUGACCAGCGCCAUCACCGCGAGGCCCCACCGGCCUGGGCCCAGCCCCGCUCUCUUGCGGCAAGCCGUGCGGCAGCUCACAUGCGAUGCCCAUGGGGACAACGAGGCUGGGGCUCCAGUGCCACCCCCUCGGGCCCCUGAGGUGCCUCGGGCGCUCUCGGCCUCCGGCGCGGAGACGGUGCACGAACUGGGCGCCUUAAGGCCAGGCCCGGCCCAGCACCAACACCCAUCGGAGGGCAGUCGGCAUCUGGUGAGACUGAGGGAGCCAGACCCAUCCUCAGAUGACUCCACAAGGCCAGUUUCGCCACAUGGAGCGCAGCUGAAGUCCAUCAUGAAAAAGAAGGAGAAUGGAGCGGUUCCCGACAGCCCUCCUACGAAGAAGAGCCUGCAGUUCAUCGGGGUCAAUGGCGGGUACGAGUCGACGUCUUCGGAAGAGUCCGGUACUGAGAGUGGGCCGAGUGAGUCGGAGGGGGAGAGUACGGAGAGUGAUUAUCACGAGGCCAGCGAGAGACUGCCGGGAGAGCAGGUGGAGAGAGCAGGGACCGAGACGCCUGUGGCAGGCUCAGCGCCAGAGACCCAGAGCCCGCCGCCCGUCCCAGCCGAGCCUCAGCGGGAAGCCAGGAGCUCGGGGAAGCCUCCGGAGACGGAGAGCGUGUGGGAAUCAGCGGAGCAGAGCAGGAGCAUGUCUGAAGGAGAGAAGCAAGUGCGGAUUGUCACGGGUGGGGAACUUGUGAAGGAGGUGGUGGUGGUGCCAGGAGGUGAAACAGAGGCAAGAGUCACGUCGGGGCCAAACCAGCCAGAAACCAUCGCUCAGCCUGAAAUACUGAGCCCGCAGCAGAAAACAGACAGCUGCACGUUUGAGCUGACGGAGGGCUUGGUCUCGGCAUGUGUAACUCUGCAGAAACACCUGAAUGAUCCAGACGGCUUCACGAACAAAGACGUGAGGUUGAGCUACCUCACGGUGCAGCAGGAGUGGCUGCUGGUGUCCAGCCCCAAGGCAGCAGAUGUGGAGAUGGUGCGGCGAUACCUGGCCGUGUUCAAGGCGAUGUCCCCAAACCUCUUGGAGCUGAUCGUCAACAUGGCCGACGGCAACGGGAACACCACGCUCCACUACACCGUCUCACACUCCAACUUUCCCAUUGUCAAGCUCCUGCUGGACACAGGUGCCUGUAACCUGGACAAGCAGAACAAAGCGGGUUACACCGCCAUCAUGUUGGCAUCGCUCGCUGCCCUGCAGACCGACAGCGACAUGCAGACCGUCAUGCAACUCUUCUGCCUGGGUAACGUCAACGCCAAGGCCAGCCAGGCGGGUCAGACGGCGCUGAUGCUGGCGGUCAGCCACGGCCGCACGGAGAUGGUGAAGGCCCUGCUGGCGUGUGGGGCGGAUGCCAGGGUCCAGGACGACGAUGGCUCGACAGCACUGAUGUGUGCUUGUGAACACGGCCACAGCGAGAUCGUCGCGCUCCUGCUCGCCACGCCCGCCUGCAACGUAACACUGGCAGACAAUGACGGGAGCACAGCGCUCUCCAUUGCGGUGGAAUCCGGACAGAAAGAUAUCGCUGCCUUGCUCCACAAACAUCUGAAUCAGACAGCGGCUUCAAGCCCCUCCACUGGCACUACCACCCCCGCCCAGCCUGCCACUCACCCCUGCCUACCUGAAGCCCAGGUGUAGGGGCUACCUGUGGGCCAUCGACCUGCCCGGCCACGGGAUGUGCUCGACGGCUCCCUCACCUGGCGCUGCCGUGCCACUGCGGCCCUCUGCACCGUUAACCCACGGAGGGCCAGAACGCUGUGAACACACCAGCCCAGGAAGGCCAGACCCGGACCAAAGGGGCGAGCUGUUGCCACGCACUCUCCGGGUACAAUCCUGCUGCAUGAAAACCCGCCGGACAACCAUCAGCUUUUUAUAUGAAGAAAGUAUAUCAGCUCUGUAAAGGACAUUCGGCCCAUCGAGGCCUCAGACUGGCCAGAUUCAUUCUUAAAAUCGGCGGUUUCCCCUCUCUCUCCUUCCCCCUUUCACAUUCCCUCCCUCCACCUCCAUCUCCCCAACCUCCCUUCCUCCCUUCUUUCCUUCCUCCAUUCUCAGUUGGCUUGUCCAUCUUGCCUGGUUUCUCAAUAUGUCCAGAUUCGGACUUGCCUCUGGUCCAAGGCCUCUCCUCACACCAGCAGUCAGUCAGCGAAUUCCAGCCAGACCUUCCUGUCCAGAUACAUCAGUCGGCCGGUACCUUUAUCUAUUGUCUACCGUCUAUUGCCUAUUGCAUUGACUCUCUUUCCCACUCUCCCUCUCAGGGGCAAACAAUGGGCCCAGCAUCUGUGGAUCCGACAUUGAGAUCUACGAGUCUGAGUGUGGAGUGUAGAGUAACACAAACUCUAAACUUCCCUCUGAUAUCCUCCCUCUGUAGACUCUUAGACAGGGACACAAGAGACUGCAGAUGCUGGAAUCUUGAGCAAAGCAAGAUUAAUUCUUACUAAAGAAGGGUCUCGACCCAAAACGUCACCCAUUCCUUCUCUCCAUCCAUUCCAUACUGCCUGUCCUGCUGAGUUACUCCAGUAUUUUGUGUGUAUCUUUACUCUUUCUAUUGUCAGUUUGCCCCUCUCUCCUCCUCCUCCUUUCACAUUCCCUCCCUCUGCUUCCAUCUACCCAACUUCCCAUAGAGUUGUGGAGUCAUACAGCGUGGAAACAGACCCUUCGGCCCAACUUGCCCACUCCGACCAACAUGUCCCAUCUACUCGAGCCCCACCUGCCUGUGUUUGGCCCAUAUCCCUGUCUGAUCCAUGUACAUAUCUAAUCGUUUCU